AUGUCAGAAGGCGAACGUUCAAGCACUGACUUGAGUGAAGAGAUAGAAGAGCUUCAGUUUGCAACUUAUGAAGAAUGGUACGACGAUCACGAGAUCGAGAGAAAUGACGUGAAAGAAAUGAUAGGACUGUUUACCGAGAGAAAUCCGAAUAACCUUGACAGGCGAUCUUGGAUGAAAGCCUUCGAAAGAAAAGACAAGAGCAUCGAUUACUACAAAACGAAAACGCAUUCUGACGAGCAAGUGAAAUAUGUUCUUCGGCAUAUUCAAAUGAAUCCGACGAUCACCCGAUUCAAUGUCAAACAUGAAGCCUACAACUGUAUUAUCACAGGUGCAGGCGGCUAUGAAAUCGACAUCCGAACCAAUUACCCGCUUCUACCCACUGUCUGGACUUUUGAGAUGCAACGGCCGGACAAGAAACCCUUCACUUUCACAGCCACAAUCACGAUCUACGAAAACGAGGACAUUCACGACUUUGAGGUGAAAACCUACAAAUCGACUCCAAUGUAUGAAAGAAACGGCAUCGUUCAAACUGCAUCUCACUCAUCGUGGAACGGAGGCGCAGUUGGACGAUGGGAUAUUGAGCUUCACCUACCCGAGUGUCAAUCCGAAUGA